AACCACGUUUGAACGUUCCGCAUACAGUGCAUCCAUACCUAUCUAAACUUCUGCUGUUACCCCGCCAAAUUCCAAAUCCGCGAUCCGCGAUUCGUACCUUAUAAAUCGCUAGCACCCCUCACUUUACCUUAACCCCCCUUCCGCAAACUAAAACCAAAUUCACACCGAAAUCCUCUCUCUUCUUUCGCGAUGGCCGACCAGGAGCACACUUACAAGUUCAACGUCAGCAUGAGCUGCAGCGGCUGCUCCGGCGCCGUCAACCGUGUGCUCGGCAAGCUCGAGGGUAUCCAGAACUACGAAGUCUCCCUCGAGAAGCAGGAGGCUGUUAUCGUCGCUAAGCCGGGCCUCGACUACGAGACGGUCCUGAAGACGAUCAAGAAGACCGGCAAGAAGGUCAACUCGGGCUCCGUCGACGGCGAGGACCGAAGCAUCGAGAUCGCUGCCGAAUAGAUGGGAU